GUGUGUAUAGUUAAAACUCAACUUUCGGUUCAGUCCUCGUUGAUCGUUAAUGUUUUCUCCACAGACUUUAUCAGGAGAUUCCGGAGUAUUUCAGCGCUCAGUGGAAACAGAAAGAUCUCAACUCCAUAUUUACGCGGCUGGAGGAAAACAUCUCAAAGUUUAUGAAAAGCCAGCUGGCGAGAUUCCAGAGGGCUCUCAGUCCCGACUGCCCAGAAUUCAUGUACUUGGAGAGCCACUGUGAGGAUGAAGGCAUGAUCUACAGUGAUGGCGAAGAUCAGAGGAGGAGGUGCAGAAAGGCCUUUCUGAAGAUCACACUGCACUUUCUGAGGAGAAUGGGGAUGGAUGAUCUGGCUAACUCUCUAAAAAACAGAACGAGAGCUGCGGUGUGCCAGCGAAAAAUGAAGUCCACAUUAAAGAAUACGUUUCAGAGUGCAUUGAAGGGAAUUAGUACAACAGGAAACCAGACCCUACUGAAUCCGAUCUAUAUGGAGCUCUACAUCGCAAAGGGAGGGACUAACGAGGACAUUCAUGAAUAUGAUGUCAAACAGUUUGAAACAGCUUCUUAUAAACCACAAGACAUCUUUAAAACCUCAGCUGGAAGAGACGGACCAAUCAGAAGAGUGAUGACAAAGGGCGUGGCUGGCAUUGGGAAAACAGUGUUAACACAGAAGUUCACUCUGGACUGGGCUGAAGACAAAAGCAACCAGGACGUACAGUUCAUGUUUCCCUUCACCUUCAGAGAGCUGAAUGUGCUGAAAGAGAAGAAGUUCAGUUUGGUGGAACUCAUCCAUCACUUCUUCACUGAAACCAAAGAAGCAGGAAUCUGCAGGUUUGAAGACUUUAAGGUGGUCUUCAUCUUUGAUGGUCUGGACGAGUGUCGACUUCCUCUGGACUUCCACAACACUGAGAUCCUGACUGACGUCACAGCGUCCACCUCAGUGGACGUGCUACUGACAAACCUCAUCAGGGGGAAACUGCUUCCCUCUGCUCGCCUCUGGAUAACCACGCGACCUGCAGCAGCCAAUCAGAUCCCUCCCGACUGUGUGGACAUGGUGACAGAGGUCAGAGGGUUCACGGACCCACAGAAGGAGGACUACUUCAGGAAGAGGUUCAGGGAGGAGGAGCAGGCCAGGAGGAUCAUCUCCCACAUCCAGACAUCACGAAGCCUCCACAUCAUGUGCCACAUCCCAGUCUUCUGCUGGAUCACUGCAACAGUUCUGGAGAACAUGUUGAAAACCAGAGAUGGAGGAGAACUGCCCAAGACCCUGACUGAGAUGUACAUCCACUUCCUGGUGGUGCAGUCCAAAGCGAAGAAGGUCAAUCACCGUAGACGGUUAAGGCAAGAAAAGAGGAAGAUGAUUGAGUCUCUGGGGAAACUGGCUUUUGAGCAGCUGCAGAAAGGAAACCUGAUCUUCUAUGAAUCAGACUUGACAGAGUGUGGCAUCGAUAUCACAGCAGCUUCAGUUUACUCAAGAGUCUUCACUCAAAUCUUUAAAGAGGAGAGAGGCCUGUACCAGGACAAGGUCUUCUGCUUUGUCCAUCUGAGUGUUCAGGAGUUUCUAGCUGCUCUUCAUGUUCAUCUGACCUUCAUCACCUCUGGAAGAAAUCUGAUGUCACAACCACAAGCAGCAUCACGUUUACCCAGGGUCUUUCAAGAUCAACUUAAACUAAGUCAUCUGCACCACAGUGCUGUGGAAAAGGCCAUGAAAAGUCCAAAUGGACAUCUGGACCUGUUCCUCCGCUUCCUCCUGGGUCUUUCAUUGGAAACCAACCAGACUCUUCUACGAAGCCUGUUGAAACACACAGGAAGUAGCUUAACUAACAAGCAGCAAACAAUUGACUUCAUUAAUGAGAAGAUGAAGGAAAACUGGUCUUCAGAGAAAAGCAUCAACCUGUUCUACUGCCUGAAUGAACUUAAAGACCAUUCUCUAACAGAAGAGAUCCAAAGGUUCCUGAGAUCUGGAUAUCUUGCUUCGAGGACACUGUCUCCUGCUCAGUGGUCAGCUCUGCUCUUCAUCUUACUGUCAUCAGGGAAAGAUCUGGAAGAGUUUGACCUGAGAAAAUACUCCGCUUCAGAGGAGGCUCUUCUGAGGCUGCUGCCGGCGGUCAAAGCCUCCAACAAAGCUGUGUUGAGGGACUGUAACCUCUCAGAGAGAAGUUGUGAAGCUCUGUCCUUAGUCCUCAGCUCUGAGUCCUCUAGUCUGAGACACCUGGAUCUGAGUGACAACCACCUGCAGGAUUCAGGAGUGAAGCUGCUGUCACAUGGAUUGCAGAGUCCUUACUGUUUGUUGGAGACUCUCAGUCUGUCAGGUUGUCUGAUCACAGACGAAGGCUGCGUCUCUCUGGCCUCAGCUCUCAGCAAGAACCCCUCCCAUCUCAAAGACCUGGACCUGAGCAACAACAACCUGUGGGAUUCAGGAGUGAAGCUCUUGUCUGCUGGACUUGCCGACAUAAACUGGAGACUGGACACUCUUAAGCUGGACAACUGUGGAGAGCGGAGGUUAACUCCUGGUGUGAGGAAAUUUUCCUGUGAACUCACACUGGACCCGAAAUCAGCGCAUAAAAACCUCAGACUGUCCGACUGCCACAGGAAGGUGGAUCUGGUGACCAAGCCACGGCCAUACAUCGACGAUCCAGAGAGGUUCGACGUCUUCUGUCAGCUGUUGUGUAGAAAUGGUCUGAGCGGUCGCUGUUACUGGGAGGUUGAGUGGUACGGACGAGUCGACGUAGCAGUGACCCUGAGAGGAAUCAGAAAGAAAGGAUACAGGAAAGCCUGCAGGUUUGGAGGAAAUGAUCAGUCCUGGUGUCUGAGCUGCUGUGACGACUUUUACUCCGUGUGGCACGACAACAAAGAGACACGCAUCCGCUCGCCCUCCAUCUCUCACAGAGUAGGAGUGUAUGUGGACUGUCUCGCUGGUAUCUUGUCUUUCCACAGAGUCUCUGACGGCUCACCUAUCCACCUUUACACCUUCAACUUCAAAUUCUCUGACCUACUGUACCCUGGCUUUAGGGUGUGGUUCGGUUCAGUGUCUCUGUGUCAGCAGUGAAACGCUGACACUGUUUAAUCAGUGUCUUCUAUUAAAGUCUUGAUAACUGUUGCAACUUGAUUCAGCUGCAUUUUUACGCUCAUUUUAGAACAUUCCUAAUCCUUGGUCAGUCUUUAGCAUUAGUAAUUUGUAUUUAUUGUUAACAUAGAGCCAUUGCUAAUGGAAAGACCAGUUGUUAGAACAUGUUAUUGUGCAGACUGAGCUCCAAUAGCAAAACAGUGUGUUCACUUCUUGACAGUAAGAAGCCAAUCAGAGCCUGGUGUAAACCAAAACGUGGUGUGUUUCCACCGAGUGGAAUAGUACCAAAGUAACCGGUCCCAACCAUUACCUCUCUCUGUACCCUUCCCCUGGGGGAGUAAUACGGUACGGGUGGAGCUCGACCCACGAAAGUCAGUGACAGAAAAGCGUCACUCAGCCGGUGUUUCUUCAGUCUAUUCUCAUACAAAGUGAGCAAAAAAAGGAUGUCCUCCAUUGUUGUUGUCAUGUAACACUACGUAUCUCACUGGCGUGGCCAUCAGGCACAGCGCACACCCCGCCUACCAAGUAAAAGUACUGUAAACC